CCCUGGCACCUGGGAGGACCUCCCCCAGGGUUGGCCCGCCAGCUGGACCUGGCCUGAGAGUGAUCCAGGAAGGGACUGAAAGUUCAGACGGAGGGUGGGCAUGGGGGGUCGUCUCCCAGGAAGCCUUAGAGAAAGCCUACCUGUAACCUGUGAGGGGGACUCUUGGUGGCACAUGGGGCUGACACCCAGCCGGGUAGCAGAGGCACUGGGCUGGCAAGGACCUUUCAGAGCUGAGCUCCAGCCACCUGCAAGGGUGCCCUCCCUCACACGCAUCCCAGCAAGGAAACCCUGCUCUAAGGAGCCCCCGUGGGUCUGGAGCUGCCGCCGUUCCUUGGGAUCCAAGGGAUUAAUGUGGGCACGUGCAGAAAUGAGCAAGGCCGCCUAGCCUUCACAUGACUUAAAUAAUUUCAGUUUUAGCAGCUUCUCACCCUAUCACUUCCUCCUUUCCAGCCACCUAUGGGUGAGGGACUGGAAGCAGGAAAGCACCACUGUGCCCUUAAAGUUUUGUCCCUCCCAGAAACUGGGGGGUUGUGGGGGGCAGGUGCUAUGGUGGGUGGACUUGUCCCUUCAGGUCUUCAGACAUGGCCGUCCACUUCUUACUGUCCCCACAGCGAUUCUUGCAGACUCUUUUAUCCUGAGGAUCCUAUUAAGAUUGUCCGGGGCCAAGGACAGUACUUGUACGAUGAACAGGGUGCAGAAUACCUGGAUUGUGUCAACAAUGUGGCUCAUGUUGGGCACUGCCACCCUCUCGUGGUCCAAGCAGCGCACGAACAAAACCAGGUGCUGAACACCAACAGCCGGUACCUGCACGACAACAUCGUGGAUUAUGCACAGAGGCUAUCAGAGACCCUGCCGGAGAAGCUCUCUGUGUUUUAUUUCCUGAAUUCUGGGUCAGAAGCCAAUGACCUGGCCCUGAGGCUGGCCCGCCAGUACACGGGACAUUGGGACGUGGUGGUGUUAGACCAUGCUUAUCACGGUCACCUGAGCUCCCUGAUUGACAUCAGCCCCUACAAGUUCCGAGACCUGGAUGGCCAGAAGGAGUGGGUCCAUGUGGCACCUCUCCCAGACACCUACCGGGGUCUUUACCGGGAGGACCACCCCAAUCCGGCUGGGGCCUAUGCCAGCGAGGUGGAACGCGUGGUGAACAGCGUACAGGAAAAGGGCAGGAAGAUUGCAGCGUUCUUUGCAGAGUCUCUGCCCAGCGUGGGAGGACAGAUCAUCCCCCCUGCCGGCUUCUUCCAGGAAGUGGCAGAGCACAUCCACAGGGCCGGAGGGGUCUUUGUCGCAGACGAGAUUCAAGUGGGCUUUGGCCGAGUGGGCCAGCAUUUCUGGGCCUUCCAACUGCAAGGAGAAGACUUCGUCCCUGACAUUGUCACCAUGGGCAAGUCCAUCGGCAAUGGCCACCCCGUAGCCUGUGUGGCCACAACCCAAGCUGUGGCAAGGGCAUUUGAAGCCACCGGCGUCGAAUACUUCAACACGUUUGGAGGCAGCCCGGUGUCCUGCGCCGUGGGCCUGGCCGUCCUGGACGUCCUAGAGAAGGAACAGCUGCAGGCCCACGCCGCCUCCGUGGGCAGCUUCCUGACGGAGCUCCUCAGACAGCAGAAAGCCAAACAUCCCAUCAUCGGGGACGUCAGGGGCACUGGGCUCUUCAUCGGUGUGGACCUGAUCAAAGACGAGGCAACCAGGACGCCAGCAACUGAAGAGGCCAAUUACGUGGUGUCCAGGAUGAAGGAGAACUACAUUUUGCUGAGCACUGAUGGCCCAGGGAGGAACGUCCUCAAGUUUAAACCCCCGAUGUGCUUCAGUGUGGACAAUGCACGACAUGUGGUGGCCAAGAUGGAUGCCAUCCUGACAAACAUGGAAGAAAAGGUGAGAAGUUGUGAGACACUGCGGCUCCAGCCCUGAGGCAGCCCUGUGGAGUGGUGUUCUUCUCUGGAAGAAACGAAGCAUCCCACUCAAAUACACUGAGGUGGUGACCUUCAGCUUGGAGGAUGAAAACCACUGAAGCUCAGGACAAGGCUUCCCUGAGGCCCUACGGCUCCACCCCACCUUCCCCCAACCACUGGCCUAUUGUCAAGAAGGGCCAGGAAUCUGUGUCCCCUUAGCACGCAAAGAAUCCUUUUUUUGCUCAAAAAUUUGCCCACUGUGUGUGCUAUGAGAGUCCAGGACCUCCCAGUGCUCCUAAUUAAAUCAGGAGUUUACUUUUUAAAGAAAAUACCUGGGCACAUAUACCUCCCUAAUUAGGACCAAGAAAAAAAAACAUAUAAUGUGUCACCAUACAAGCAUACUCUCCCUCGAAACUCAAAAAAAUUAACAAGCUUCCCCCUCAAAUGAUGCCAUCUGAUGUCUUCUGUUGAAUUAAAAUGCCAAAUACAUUUAUUUCAAAACCCA